UUCUGAAAUUUCGUGAAACUGAAAUUGCCUAACGCUGCGUAAGGUUAAAGAUUCGUAGUUUAUUCUAUACACUAAUUAAUUAAUAAACAAAGGUCACCGCGUGCGCAAAUUUUUGGAUUCCUGUGUGCCGAGAAAAUUAUGUAUAAAGCAUUAUAGUGAGUGUUUUAAUAAGUGUUCUGUGUUGCAAACAAAUUUUGGUUAAGAUGAAUUUUCCUAAAACUCCUAAAACAACUCCUAUUACGGAUGACUAUGAUAUUUCCUCUACAGUCCUUGGCCUUGGGAUCAACGGCAAGGUGGUUGAAUGCAAGGAAAAGAAAACUGGUAUGCGCCGGGCAUUGAAGGUGUUACAUGAUAGCCCGAAAGCCAGGCGAGAAGUUGAUCUCCAUUGGACUGGAAGUGGGUGUAUGCAUAUCGUAGAAAUCGUUGAUGCAUACGAUAAUACGUAUGGUGGUAGGCGGUGUCUGCUAGUUGUGAUGGAGUGUAUGGAUGGAGGGGAGCUCUUCCAGAGAAUCCAGGAUAAUCGGGAAGGUGCAUUUACGGAAAGGCAGGCAGCUGAGAUUAUGCACUCAAUAUGCGUAGCAGUACGCUACCUACACGACUCAAAUAUUGCACAUCGGGACAUCAAACCCGAGAACCUGCUCUACACAACCACAGAGCCCAACGCUAUACUCAAACUCACGGAUUUUGGCUUCGCAAAACAAACGCUGAAUCACACGGACACAUUACAAACACCUUGUUAUACACCAUACUAUGUUGCGCCGGAGGUUCUGGGUCCAGAGAAAUAUGACAAAUCGUGCGAUAUCUGGUCGUUAGGUGUAGUGAUGUAUAUACUACUGUGUGGGUUCCCACCGUUUUACUCGAAUCAUGGUCUUGCCAUAUCGCCAGGAAUGAAAAAGCGAAUAAGACUAGGACAGUAUGACUUCCCGGAGCCUGAAUGGUCGAACGUCUCUUCAGACGCCAAGAACCUUAUACGUGGAAUGCUGUCUGUGGAUCCGGCAAAGCGGCUUACAAUACAACAGGUGAUGGCUAGCCCUUGGAUCCGUCAGUACACCCAAGUGCCCCAAACUCCAUUGUACACGGACUCAAUACUGCGGGACACGAAUGAGGCGUGGGCCGAAGUGCAGGACGAGAUGACCAGGUCAUUGGCCACGAUGCGAGUCGAUUAUGACCAGGUAGUGCAAAUAAAAUCCUUGGAGCAAAGCAAUAACUCACUACUUAACAAGCGGAGGAAUAAAGUCGGUGCCUAAAAGUACUUAUAUCUAGCAAGAACUAUAUAUAUUUCUGUCUCCCUCACAAUGUAUUGAAAAGAGUGAGAGAAUAUUUGUUAGUAUGAUUUAGUCAAUUAAACUUAAAUAUAUUGCCAUCUCACUCACGUAUUUACAAAACAUAAGUGGUCGAGCACCAGUAAAAAUAUUACUGUCUCGCUCACAUUUAUUUAAAAUUAGCG